AUGAAUUCCUUUACUUAAAGCGUAAGAAAAUAUUUUGAAUAAUCAAAUAGAAAAAAGUUGGAAGUUAAGGUUUAUGAUUCAUUCAAAAAAUUAAUCUAAAAGGGAGGUUUACUGAACAAGGAUAAAAUGAUUGUAUAUUAAGACAAAGAUGAAAUUUUGAGAAAGUAAAUAACUUUUUCUAACUUUAAUAGAGAAUACUUUCAAAACUAUUAAAUGAAUCCUUUUUUAUUUUAGAAUAUGGGAGUAGAUUUAAUAUCUAAAAUGGUUCUGCGAAUAUGACUAAGACUGGAAAAUAUUCACUAAAUGGAUAGCAAUUUGGAAUGGAGAAAUAAUGACUUACGUUGGUGGUAUAGUCAAACUGUAGAAAUAAGAGCAUAAAACAAAAAUGAAAUAAAUAAGGAUUAUGGAAAUAACCCAUUUAGAAUUAUAGGAAGUAUAGGAUAUAAGAAUAUUAAAAUAGAAACGUUAAAUUUUUGAAAGUGGAGAAUAUACAGAUGAUGAACAAGAUGGAAGAUGGAAUUACAUUAAUUAAGAGCCUAACUCAAUUAUGUAUAAAAUCUUUUAAUUGAUUAGUAUAGGGGGUGGAUUAUUUUGUUAAGGUAUAAAGAUUGGAAAGUGGAGAGAGCAGGAUGGUGGAUUUAUGAUGAUAAAUAAGUAAUCUAUAGUGGCGAAUAUAAAAAUGGUAAAAAGGUUGACAUUUGGAAUCUAGAGCACGAAGGAGAUUAAUGUAAGAAAUAAAAAUAAAAGGAUAUAGUGGUGGCGGAUUUUAUUAUGAAGGAAUUAAGAUUGGCACGUGGAUUGAAUUGGAUGAUGGAUCUUAUCUUGGUAAAUAACUCAUCUGCAGUGGUAAAUAUAACAAUGGUAAAAAGGUUCCUAAUUGGUGUAAAAAUAUGAUGGAAAUUUGUUGAAAAAAAAAGAAAUAUUUAGUGAAAUAGAGGUGGUGAGGGAUCUUAUUAUGAUGGAGUAGAGGUUGGAAAGUAGAUAGAGUUAUAUGAUGGACUUUCUACUUAACAAUAAGUAACCUAUAGAGGGGAAUAUAAAAAUGGUAAAAAGGUUUGUUAAUGGGAUAUUUAAGGAAAUACAAUUGUUAUAAGACAUAUAGAACCUUAUAAUGUUGGUGGAUCAUAUGAUGAAGGAAUUGAGAUUGCCAAAUGAAUUGAGUUGGAUGAUGAUUUUAUUUGAAAAAUUAGUUACGCAUAGUGGUGAAUAUUAAAAUGGAAAAAAGUAGGUUGGUGGGAUAUUAAGUUUUGUGAUUCAUUUGGAUAUAAAUUAAAAAUGAAAACAAUAAUGUAUACUGUCCUUAGUGGUGGGGGAUCUUCUGAUGAUGAAGGUGGGAUAUUAUAGGUACGACACUUAUGAAGAAUAAUUUGUAAUGUAAAUAAUCAAUUAUGAAUUUGUUAUAGUGGAGGGGGAUAAUAUAAUAGAAUAGGUGUUAAGUUUGGUGAAUGGUGUGUGUUGGAUUAAAAAAGUUUUAUUGUGAGAAUCUAAUAAUUCAUAGUGCCGAAUACAAAAAUGGUAAAAAAAUUGGAUGUUGGAAUUUAUAUAAGCUCUAUAAUGGCACUAAUUGUACAAUGUAAAUAUCUUAUACUAAAUUGUGGCAGCGGUGGUGGAGAAUAUGAAAGUAAUGGUGAUGAAGUUAAGAUUGGCAUUUGGAAGGAGAAAGUUUUCAAAUUUGGACCUGAUUUAUUUUUGAAUUACAUAGGCCUAUAUAAAAUAGUAAAAAAGUUGGUAAUUUAGAGAUUAUGGCCUGGCGAAUAUACAAAAUGUAAAUUAUUGUAUAAAAAUGGUUCUUAGUGGUGGUUGAUCAUAUGAUUACAAGAAAAAGGUGUAGUGGAAAGAGUUGGAUGGCUAGUUUACUAAGAAAAAUUUUGCUUCUUCAAGGUGAAUUUGAUCCACAUAGUAAAAAUUGGAGCAUGGUUGUAAGUGAAUUAGGAUUAUCAAAAAGAAAUAAAAAUACACAGAAAAAUCAAAUAUAUAAUUGA